UGACCUUGUGGAAUAAUCUGCGCAAAUUUCUAUUAAAUAGAACCGAGUUAAGUUGACUCUCCCGUCCAAGUCAUCUUUCUCUAUUAAUAGCUCGCGGAGUUCUGAGACGACCUAGGGUUUGAGAAAUGAAGAAAAUCGACGAACCAGUCAUGGGGGUCCCUUACUACGUCGGCGAAAAUCCGUAUCAAGCCGGCUUGAUCCCGCCUAACGCUGUCUUCGGCAAUCCCAAGGGAAUUCCGAUUCAACAAACGAUAUAUCGGGACACCCCUGCUCCUUUUAACUGUAAUUUUUGUGGUAACACUGGAGUUACCAGUGUCAGAUCAAAGCCAAGUCUGGCAUCUGUUGUUGGAUGCAUGGUGCCGAUGAUGCUUGGAUUUUGCUUUCUUUUGCCUUCAAUGGAUUGUCUCUGGCAUAAAUAUCACUAUUGCCCGGUUUGCCAUGAAAAGGUUGCUGAUUUUGAGAAAUCAGAUCCAUGUGCGGUGAUGGAUCCUCCACACUGGAAACAGCAGAGCUUUGGGUUGCCUGCAUGAGAUAUUGUGAUUGGUCUAGUAUUUGUAUUGUGUCUUCUUUUUCACUUGCUGGCAUGUGAUCUUAUUGUCUUAUGAGGAACUCUUUUGGCUAUAUCUUGUCUUUACACAAGGCUGUAAACAAUGUUGUUAAUGCGUAAUAAUUUUUUAUAUGGUGUAUGAACAACAUUUUCUCUCAAUAUAUGAUAUGGUUUGUGAA